AUGCUUGCAUGUCUGCUGCCUAUCUCCGAGAACGCCAAGAUGUACACCGUCGGCCUCACGGCUUACUUCGCUAUGGACUGCUUCAAGAAUUCCACCCUACCGAUCAUCACGUUCUGUGUUGAGUACACCAUGGUGAGCCUGUUGGGGUCCUCCUGCGCCCUCUUGGCCUACACGCUUCCCCUACCAGGAAUUCAGGACCCCCGAGCAAUGAAGAGCGCGGCGGCUGCUUUCAGCGACGUUGCAGACGGCUGUGCUGAGGUCAUCACCGAAGCCACGGUGGCCUUUUUGGGGACAGGUGCAGGUGAUGCCUGGCGGGCCAUUGCGCAACAGCGCCUACGUGAGCUUUGGGAGAGGCUGGCGGAGGCUAAAGCCACGGCAGAGUACUGGCCUCUUGCCGCAGCGCAGAUGCUCCACCCCACCGGGAACAGUGUCGAGCCCGGCCACAGCUUUUUGCAUCUAUCCUGCAACUUCGCUGUUCCUGGCGAGGAGCUGCUGCUUCUGAAGCAGUUCCAAAGCCGCAGUGACGCCUCCAAGCUCGAGCGAGGGGAGACGUUUGCAAGCGCACGAUCGGAGAUGGCUUCUUUCCUGUUUCUCGUGCAUGGCCUUGCCGCGGAUUUGCUCAAGCGAGAAGGCUCCAUCACACAGCGGGCGGAGACCCUGCAGGAGAUAUCGAUGAUGCCCCGUGCCUCGAGGGCGCGUUCGUUGUCUGCCGAACUGACUGAGGACUUCCUGACCUCGAGCCUUUGGGUGGAAAGCAAGGCGCUACAGGAGCCUUUGCUGAGCCCAGAGCAGCAGCGCUGGCGCAAGAAUUGGGGAUACCGAGAAAGAACAUACCAGGCCGUCUCUUCGGCCGUUAGGCUGAGGUGGCGUAGUGCGCUCAAGGUCUCCCUGUCCUACUUUCUCGCCUUGAUCCUGGACUUGCACUACGGCCUGGACAGCGUGCUGGUUUGUACCGUGAGCUACUUGUCCAGCUACGGUUCCCAGUACGCAGGGGGCUCCUUGCGCCGUGCCAUCUCGCGUGGCGUCGGGGUCGCUGCAGGGGCCACG